CAGUCAUCACACGCAAGAGGCGCUGGCUAGGAAACUGACGUUAGCCUGAAGUUAGUCACCCUCCCAGCUAGCAAGAGAGGCUGUCGUAUAACAUAACAUUUCUAACAAGGGGAGGCGACAAAUAAGGAAAACAAAGAAGUUGUUUCGUCCGUUUGAACAUCUUGAUUGUACUUCACCAUCAAGUCAACUACGUGGACACAGAAAAUAUAGAGUUUGAGAGGUGGACCACUCACUGCAUUGUUGCUCCUGGUAACCGGUAACCAUGCCAUUCCCAUUUGGCAAGUCCCACAAGUCACCGGCGGACAUCGUGAAGAACCUCAAGGACAACAUGGUGGUGCUGGAGAAACAUGACCUCUCUGACAAGAAGGCUGAGAAGGCCUCAGAGGAGGUGUCGAGGAGCCUGGUGCUGAUGAAGGAGGUGCUGUACGGUACCAGCGACAAGGAGCCCCAGACGGAGGCUGUGGCCCAGCUGGCCCAGGAGCUGUACAACAGCGGUCUGCUCAGCUCCCUCAUAGCACAUCUGCAGCUCAUAGACUUCGAGGGUAAGAAGGAUGUGGCUCAGAUCUUCAACAACAUCCUGAGACGGCAGAUCGGCACACGCACGCCCACGGUGGAGUACCUUUGCACCCAGCAGAACAUCCUCUUCAUGCUGCUGAAGGGGUACGAGGCGCCGGAGAUCGCGCUGAACUGUGGCAUCAUGCUGAGGGAGUGCAUCCGCCACGAGCCGCUGGCCAAGAUCACGCUCUCCUCAGAGCAGUUCUACGACUUCUUCAGAUACGUGGAGAUGUCCACUUUUGACAUCGCAUCGGACGCUUUUGCCACUUUCAAAGAUCUACUGACGAGACACAAACUCAUGAGUGCAGAGUUCCUGGAGCAGCACUAUGACCGGUUCUUCAGCGAAUAUGAGAAGUUGCUUCACUCUGAGAACUACGUUACUAAAAGGCAAUCUCUGAAGUUGCUGGGAGAACUUCUCCUGGACCGACAUAACUUCACCAUCAUGACGAAAUACAUCAGCAGACCAGACAACCUGAAGCUCAUGAUGAACCUGCUGAGAGACAAGAGCCGCAACAUACAGUUUGAGGCGUUCCAUGUCUUCAAGGUGUUCGUAGCCAACCCCAACAAGACCCAGCCCAUCCUGGACAUUCUCCUGAAGAACCAGAACAAGCUCAUCGAGUUCCUCGGAAAGUUCCAGAACGACAGAACGGAGGACGAACAGUUCAAUGAUGAAAAGACCUACCUGGUCAAACAGAUCAGAGACCUGAAGAGACCUGCACCCCUGAACGCCUGAUUGGGGGCGGGGGGCUGUGGGGGACAUCUCACCCUAAGGGCUGGCGGGGGGCUGUGGGGGACAUCUCACCCAUGAGCAGAAGACGUUUUAGUUGAAGGAACAUUUGAGGAAACAAACUAAAACAUUGUCCCUUGGAUGGCCCCAGCCCCUCUGCUGUUAAAUCCACGUUUUCACUUUUAGUUUUCUUUCAUUUUUAGCUGUCCAGUUUACUUUCAGCAAGACAGAACAAGACAAAUUAUAUAUGCUGUUGCUUUCUUGCACAUUGAUGAAUGGAAGGUAUCCCUCAACAAAAACGACAAAAGUUAAACUACUUUGAACGAUAGACAGAAUCCUUUUGUGCUGUGAAAACUCUUACAGCAUAAACUUGUUAUUGAAAGGAACUAGCAUUGAGAUGUGUCAGGUGUAUGGUUGUACUGGUCCAGGUGUAUGACUGUAUAAAGGGCUGGUUUAGAUGUAUGACUGUAUACAGGGCUGGUUUAGAUGUAUGACUAUACAUGGCUUGUUUAGAUGUAUGGCUGUAUACAGGGCUGGUUUAGAUGUAUGGCUAUACACAGGGCUGGUUUAGAUGUAUGGCUGUACUGGUCCAGGUGUAUGGGUGUAUACUGACCUGGUCCAGGUGUAUGGCUGUAUACAGGCCUGGUCCAGGUGUAUGGCUGUUCUGGUCCAGUUAACCUCCAGACUGCAGGUCCAGUGCCAGCUCACACCCACCAUUCAUCUGGUCGAGCGAUGGGUGAGUUUAGAGAGGGGCUGUUCCUGGAGCCUUGUAGCUCCUCUAUGCUCCGUGUCAGAGGAGAACGGGGAUACAUAGGGUCUGAUUGGGUGCAUUGUGUUCUGAGACAGGGUAAACAUGUACAUAUGGCGUUUGUUUUGCUUUGUAGAUUAUUUUUGGUUUUGUUGUUGAACUUUUGACAUUUGAAUAUAUAUGGAUUACAUUGAACAUCAAAUUUUGGGGUUAAUCUAAUCAAUCUUAUUUUUAGAUUGAUGGAAGGGGGAUGAAUUGAUCAAUGAUCAUUUGCGUUUCAUUUUACUGAUGAGAAACUUUUCUUUGUACAUGACAUCUAACCUUUAAGACAAAAAAUAAGUUUUACAGUGGUGGAACGUCAAGCCGGUAGUCUAUAUCUGAUAUUAGCAUUUUUUGUUCAGGUAGAUUUGUGAAUCUUCUACAAACUGCUAAAAGCAUGUGAUGGUCUUGUGUGGCAGGGGAGGGAUGCAAACCCAGCAGGAAGCUGGCGUGUCUGCAGUGUGGGGAUGCUCUGGUAGCUAGCUGGAGAACGCAGCUGGUAUGGCUUCUCCUCUAACACUUGUACUUCUUCUAUGGUUGACCUGGUGUGUGGGAGUGUUGCGUGGCAACCAGGUAACUACAGGGGCCAGUGUGUCCUAAACUAUCUACUUGGUACAUUCAUUGGUUCUUUCGUUUCCACUACCAUUUCUCCUUAAAUUUAAGCCUUUUUUUAAAUUCCAGUACAAAUAUCAAUGUGCUUGAACCAUCGAGUUCUGACAUCCGUAAAUAAAUAAGCUGUUAGCCAUCAGUCUAACAAAUAAUAAACGGACCUACAAUGCAAAAGGCCCACAUUUCCUCACCGCAGUUAGAAAUGGCAUGUUGCUCGACCAGCUGCAUGUUAUACGCUUUAAAGGAUGUUGUCCUGGAAUCUUUUUAAAAGUUUUGAUUUACGGCUGAAAUUUUACUCCCACUCCAGCGCUGUCAGAAGUGUCAAAAAGACUUGGGCUCUACAGUCUGAAACUGAAAUAAAGGAAAAAACAUUUGGAACAAAGGAA